GGGCGGGGCGAUCUCCAUGGUGACGGUGCGGCCUGUGUUAGCAAUGUCCUGGCGGCCUGUGUUGCUGCGGGCUCUCCGCUUGUCCCGGCUCCCGGCCUCCCGCUGGGUCAGCUAUGUGCAGGGACAGAGCCCGGGACCACGACUGCGGGAAUAUUUCUAUUACAUCGACCACCAGGGCCAGCUUUUCCUGGAUGACACCAAAGUGAAGAAUUUCAUCACCUGCUUCAAAGAUAAGAAGUUUUUGGUUUUCUUCUUCAAACAAGUGCAGAGAAAUAAGAGCGGUCGCUAUGAGGAAGAUUUCCCGUAUAUAUCGCCGUGCGGCAGGGAACACAACUUCAUCCGCUGCGACGACCGCCCCAUUGUCUUCACACACCUCCUGCGGGAUGAGAGCUCGGGGCUCCAGCGCUUGUCUUACUGCGGGGGAGGAGACCAGUUGGCGGUUCGCUUCGAGCCGGAGAGGCUGGUCAUGUUACCAGAAAAUGGGCGGGUCUAUCACCCAGCGCCAGAGAAGAGCGGAGGGGCGGGCCUUGUGAAAUCGUCGCUGGCGUUCGAGCUCAGCUCUUGUUUCGAGUUCACCGGUGGAUCUAAUUCUGGAAGCCCCACCCAUUUUAUCUGGGAUGGCAAACGGUACACACUGACCAAUGAGCUGAUACCGCUAAUAUGAGGAGACUGAUA